GGUACAUGUGACAUCGACACCAGAUUAAUCUCUAGUAAAUUAUUCAACCAUCAAGAUAUGAAGUGAUUUUUCAGAUCAUUCCUUGGCCAACCUUAGCCCUAAUCACACCGAAUCAAAUAGGAACGAAUCAUGGAAGACUCAAUCGGAAAGUCAGCACCCGAGGGAAUUGCCGGGGCCCGGAAUGAGGCAGCCCUUCUGGCGCUUAUGGAGAAGACCGGCUACGACAUUGUCCAGGAGAACGGCCAGAGGAAGUACGGCGGGCCGUGCCCUGGCUGGGAGGGACAGCCACCGAGCAGGGGCUGCGAGGUCUUCGUCGGGAAAAUACCCCGUGAUCUCUUCGAAGACGAGCUUGUGCCGGUCUUCAUGAAAAUUGGGAAAAUCUUCGAACUGAGACUGAUGAUGGAUUUUAGUGGUAACAACAGGGGGUAUGCAUUUGUGAUGUUCACGAACAAGGAAGAUGGCAAGAAAGCGGUGAAACAGCUCAACAACUACGAAAUCCGGAAAGGCCGAUACCUCGGGGUCUGCCCAAGCGUCGACAACUGCCGCCUUUUUGUUGGAGGGAUUCCCAAGAACAAGAAGCGAAAUGAGAUCCUCGAAGAAAUGUCCAAAGUUACCGAGCAGGUCACCGAUGUCAUUGUCUACCCGUCGGCGACGGAUAAAUCGAAAAACAGAGGCUUUGCUUUCGUCGAAUUCGAGAACCACCGAGCGGCAGCCAUGGCGAGACGAAAACUCAUCCCCGGUAGAAUUCAGCUGUGGGGACAUCAGAUCAUGGUGGACUGGGCUGAGCCAGAAAGAGAUGUCGACGAGGACAUCAUGAAGAACGUCAAGAUUUUGUAUGUGCGCAACCUAAUGUUGCACACUACUGAAGAGACCAUCCAGGCAGCCUUCAACAAGCUGAAGGAAGGCAGUGUUGAACGUGUCAAGAAGCUGCGAGAUUUUGCCUUUGUACAUCUGAUGUCUCGGGAGGAUGCCUAUGUUGCCCUGAAAGAAAUGGAUGGUGCCACCAUUGACGGUUCAGUCAUCGAGGUAGUGUUUGCCAAGCCAGUAGACAAAAACAACAUGAUGAGGUUCCCCCGUGGUAGAGGUUACAUUCAGCCUGGAGCUUAUGGCUAUGGCUCAUAUGAACAGCCGUUGACCGUCCAGCAGCCACCAUACUACCAGCCGUACAACAACACAGGAGCUGUCAAUGGAUUUGGAACAGCAGGUAGAGGUGGUCUUGCCAUGCGUGGAGGUGGUGCUGCCUUCUCACCUAGGGGGCGUGGCCGUGGGGCAGCUGGUAUGCGCGGUGCUGGUGGUAUGAGGAACUAUGGAGGCCUUCAGGCUGGAGGACGUGGUGGCUAUGGGAGGUAUAACUACGAUGGUCGCAAACCAGCUGAGUCAAGGCUAUAUGAUAUAAUCCCUGGAAUGGAACUGACACCAACCAACCCGGUAACCCUCAAGCCUCAGAAGAGUUUCGUCCAGAUUCUUGAAGAGGAAUGCACCAAACACAACUGGGGCAUGCCCACCUACACACUGCUGUCAAGCAGAGGACCCAACAAUGACCAGCUCUUUGUCUACAAGGUCCAAAUACCAGCCCUGAACCAGAGCUAUCCCGGCGGGAUGCAACCCUCCAAGCUUUGUACCAGUGUGGAGGACGCCAAAUCCCUGGCGUCCGAGCACGUCCUGACCACUAUGGGGCUCCCGUUAGAUGGCCUGCUGGACGGCGCUGCACCCACGACCACCAUUGUCACCUCAUCUUCCCCCACAGGCUCCGGGGACUACAUGCUGUCCCAUCCCCCACCUCCACACCAACACCAGGGGGUCCCGUCCAACCCCCACGGACUCCCGCCUAACCCUCACGGGAUUCCACCCAACCCCCACGGGAUGAGCAAUGGUGUAGCUGCCAUCACAUCCGCUAAUUACCAGCCUACAUAUGUCAGUGUCCCUAUCACGACAACAUCACCUGUGAUUUUGACGCCAGGAGGUGACGCACCAGACAGCCCCCACUACAGCUACGGAGGUUACCAUGGCCAGGGAUACGCCCCUACCUCACCAGAGGUCUACCAGACACAAUAUUAAACAAAGACAGCACCGACCCUGUGAUUGCCAAGUUGGAUUUAUUUAUCAGAUAUCGGAUGUCUUGAUUGGUGGUUAGAUGUAUUGAUUCGUCAUUUGAUGUAUUGAUCGCUAAAAAUGACGAUGAGCCCAGAAAAUGUAAAACCCUCAAAGUUUGGCAUAUCUAUAAACAUUACACUCAGGUUGUCAACGAUCAUUGUUUAACAUUGAUAUAUUGAUUGGUCAUUCAAUGUAUUGAUCAGUCAUUAGAUGUAUUGAUCAGUCAUUAGAUGUAUUGAUCAGUCAUUAGAUGUAUUGAUGUGUUAUUCAAUAUAUCGGUUGGUCAUUUGAUGCGUUUAUCGCUUAUUUUACAAUGUGAAAUCCUUAAAGAUAAACAAUGAUAACCUGGGUUGACCUUUUUGCACUGGACUUAUUGAUCAAUCAUUGGAUGUAUUGAUCAGUCAUUCAAUAUUUUGAUCGGUCAUUAGAUGUACUGAUCCGUCAUGAGAUGUAUUGAUUGGUCAUACGAUGCAUUGAUCGCUUAUUAUGAGUCCCGACAAUUUAAGUCCCUCGAAGGUAAACAAAAAAAAACCCAAAACGCAAAACAAAUGUUUUUUCCCAUAAAUUAAAUGUUGCCAAAUAUUUUCAGGAUCAUCCAGCCGUUAGCCAGAUUAAGAUCAAAUUGUUGAAAGGAGAAACACUUUCAUCCCACGAGUUAUGAAAAUUCCCCAAGACCAGUCGUAUAAAUCAAAAAGGGGACGAUCGUUUUGGUGCGGAGUUUUCAAGAUUUAUAAAACUUAUAUUACUAGACAAAUCAUUCAUCAUGCACUUUGACCAUUUCCUUAUUCAUCAUUUAUAAGCACUCCUAGAUCAUUCUUCUUUUUGUAGUUCCUUUCAUCAUCCCCAUUGAGGAAGUAUACAGCUAAAUAAUAUACCAAAGAUUAAAAGCUUUAAACCGAGUGAGCGGGUUCUACCAAGUGCAAAGUUUGCAUCGCUGCUUGGUAACAAAAGCGUGUGCUAAUUUUUAAUGCAAGUUUAAAGUUUAACCUUUUUGAGUUGAGGAUAUUUGUUGAUUUACAUAAUUGUUGAUUACUGAGUUGAGAUUUUUCAUCUUGUAUAUUUUGGCUAUUUUUGGUUGUUCUAUCUGUAAAGAGGUAUUCAUCUUAGUUGAUAGUUUAUAAUAGUUAACUUGGAUUAUAUUACCAGGAUUAUGUUGCUAGUUAUGGUUAGUAGAUUAAGGUGUUAUAGAGAAUGUAUGGAUUUACGAAACUUUUACCAUGAAGUUACCACAAAUUAUGCUAACAAGUUGGUUAAACUAGUUAGCGAGUUUCAUUUGAUUGAUAACCCAUUUUAGUUUGGCUUAGGAAAGAUUUCCUAAUUUUUAUCAAUCCAGUUUUAUGAAAGUUUUGAUCUUACUUGUUUAUUUGAAUACUUGCCAAGUUUCCAGAUGGUUUAGAUUUAAGUUAAGUUCCAAAACUCUUUAAACCGUUUUCGGUAAAUGAUAAUUAAACCUGUCAUUUCAAUCUUAACCAGGGGUUAUGCAUUUUUGGCCUACACUAAACAGUCUUGAAACUAGCCUGGUGUUCACCGUUUUUCCUUUGAAGUUUUGAAGUAGAUUUAGUUGCAUUCAUUAUUGAUCAUUCAUUAGUUAUUCAUCAAAUUUUUACACUCAUGUUAAAUUCACCAAGUUUAAAGU